AUGGGACAACUUGCUACUCAAAUAGAUAACAUGCAAGCCCAAGGGUCGAACCAGCUUCCAGCCCAAACAGUUGUCAGUCCAAGGGAUUCUAAUGCUAAUGUUCCUAAGUAUGCAAAUUUUCUGAAGGAUUUGUGUACAAAUAAGAGGAGGAUUAAAGGAAGUGAGAGAGUUAACUUGGGAAAAAAUAUUUCUGCUUUUAUUCAGCCCAAGCAUUCAUCUGAAAAAGUUACAGGCGAGAAAAAUGUUUCAACCAUCACUCAGCUCUUGCCACAAAAGCAGAAGAUUGAUGCUGCCUUGCAGCCUGAUACAUUUCCUACAGGUGAAGUUGUUGCCGAUGAAGCUGUUUUUGCAGUUGAUGCUCUUGACAUCCCGGCUGCCCCAAACAUUCUAUCCAUCGAGCACCCCCCGUCUUUAGAGCUGAAACAGCUCCCUGAAAACCUGAAAUACGCUUAUUUGGAGACUAAUGAAAAACUAAUUGUUAUUAUUUCUUCUAACCUUGAUUUUGAUCAGGAAGACAAGCUUUUGCAAGUUUUAAAGAAGCACAAGAAGGCAAUCAGGUGGACAUUAGCCAACCUCCCAGGUAUUAGUCCGUCGAUGUGCAUGCAUAGGAUAUUACUUGAGAACGGAGCGAAAACAGUAAGGCAACCCCAAAGGAGGCUUAAUCCUUUGAUUCUUGAUGUUGUGAAGAAGGAGGUAACUAAACUCUUGCAAGAAGGUGUCAUUUAUCCUAUCUUUGACAGUAAAUGGGUAAGCCCAAUGCAGGUUGUACCUAAGAAAUCAGGACUCACAGUGGGAAUUGUAUUGGGUCACAUAAUUUCAGAAAAAGGAAUUUCUGUUGACCCUGCUAAAAUAGAUGUGAUUUCUACACUGCCUUACCCUUCUUGCGUUCACAAGAUUCGUUCUUUUCUUGGUCAUGCAGGUUCCAAGGUUGUUGUUUUUACUGACCAUGCAGCACUAAAGUACUUGUUGAAGAAGCCGGGUGCAAAACCGAGAUUGAUUCGGUGGAUGUUGUUGCUCCAAGAAUUUAAUGUAGAGAUUAAAGACAAAAGUGGAGCUGAGAACUUAGUGGGUGACCACUUGAGCAGGAUAGAGAGAGAUGCAAAUCCUUUUCCUAUUCAGGAUGACUUUCCUGAAGAGCAACUUUUUCUUUUGCAUGGGAUUACACCUUGGUUUGCUGACAUUGUAAAUUUUCUUGUUGCUGGUGUUUUUCCUACAGGUGCAUCUAGAUCACAGAUUCACAAACUCAAGAGUGAUGCCAAAUAUUAUGUUUGGGAUGAUCCACAUCUUUGGAAGUUUGGUAGUAACCAGAUAAUUAGGAGAUGUGUCCUCGACUAUGAGAUUGAAUCCAUUUUGAAAUUUUCUCAUGCAUCUCAAGUCGGCGGACACUUUGGUCCGCAAAGGACUGCAAGAAAAGUCCUUGAUUCAGGUUUCUAUUGGCCAACUGUUUUUAAGGAUGCUUAUGAGACUUACCGCACUUGUAAAGAGUGUCAGAUAGCAGUAGAAAUAAAAAGUGCAGGUACUAACAAGACUUUCAAAGUCAAUGGACAACGCUUGAAGCUAUUCCAUGAAAGUUCAAUGACUGAAGAUGUCAGCAUAGAGGAGCUUUCUUUGGAAGCACCUAACUACCCUGCAACUUGA